ACCUGUCAGCAGGCAACUGUCAUUCUCUACUAUGACAACAGCCGAGGAAAACGUUUGACGUUAUUUGAGGUGUUUGAAAUAUUUUAUUCCAAGUACAACCAUUACUGCUAAAGAUGCUCAGGGUACGCUCUCAGAAUAACGUCUGCGAGCAAGAAGCUAAAUUUGUUCAGGACAGGAUUGUCCGCGUGGAGAAACAUUUCGCGGAGCUUUGCACUAUAUUCGCGGCGUUCGCCAGAAAAUCUGCCAGACUACGCGAUAAGACCGAUGAAGUGGCGAAAGUAAUCCAAACCUAUGCGGAGUCGGAGAACAUUAACCAGUCCUUGAGCAGCAGUCUUGGAAAUUUUGCCAAGACACUUUCAAUCAUCGGAGAUUACAAGGACGCAGAAGUCCAGAGGCUCGAAGCUAAAGUUGUUACUCCAUUUUCUCAGUACGCCACAAUUUGUAAACAUGCUCGAGAAGAUGUUCGAAACACCUUUACAGCCCGGGAUAAGGAACUCACCAAAAGAAGACAUUUUGAUAGGGUGCGAGAAAGGAACCCUCGAAAUCGACAAAUGAUUUCGCAAGCGGAGUCAGAACUUAUGAAAGCUACUGUUGAGGUAUCAAGAGUGGUAAAGGGUCUAGAGGAACAAAUAGAUUCCUUUGAGAGGAGGAAGCUGCAUGAUAUGAAAUCUGUACUUCUGGAAUUCGUUAUCAUCGAGAUGAGUUUCCAUGCCAAAGCUGUGGAAUUGUUAACGAAAGCGUACCGAGAUAUUGCCGAAAUAGACGAAACAAAGGAUCUGGAGGACUUUCAAAUAACGAGAGGAGAUCUAAAUGGGGAAUUCAGAGAGGUAAUGCAGGGGAGUGACACUGCAUCUAGAUUGGACACAGUGAGACGAACUUCGUUUAGGCAGGCGUAUUCUCUUACAAAUUUGGCUAGUCGCUUUGCCCCAUCUCCUAAGAAUACAAAGAAAUCUUCAAACCGAUCAGCAGGCUCAUUGGAUUCUUUGAAAAAUGGCCAUACAAAUUCUUCGGAAUCGGUGCAAGUGGAAGAAUACGGUAACAACUCUGGAGAGUCUGAAUCGGAAUCUGUCGAGGAGAAAACAGUGAGACUUCGCUACAAAACAAUGUAACUUCUUUGAAUUCACACAACCCUCGUGCCUUUGCAAUUAUAUAUUUUAGAUGAGGCGCUUUAUAGAAAGAAAACAAGGAGCAACCAGUCGACUUAAUUUAAGAGCUGUACCCGCUGUUCCUAAGUACCAGAAGUCCUUAAUAUCCUCAGUAAUCCGCAGUAUAUCCUACACUUAACAAAGGAUUAACCUAUAAGCAUUGUCAGAAAUAACCCACGAUUUAUAUGUAAAAAA